UUUCAUUCACUCUUGGCGUGUCUGCUGUCGCGACUCGUGCAUGUAACAUCGGUGUAUUGUUUAGCUCAAUUCAUUUACAUUAAUAAAACAACCAUCUAAAAAUGGAUGAUUUUUCAAAAGAUGAGCGUUUUGCUCAUAUUCCAAAAGAUCCUAAAUUUCGUCGAAUUCCUAAAAGUGAAAGAAAAGUGAAAAUUGAUAAGAGGUUCCGGCCAAUGUUAUAUGACCAAAAAUUCGUUACAACAACCUCUAUUGAUAAAAGAGGUAGACCACUACAUCAAUCAUCGACGGACAAUUUGAAAAAAUUUUACCAUUUAUCCAGCGAUGAAGAGUUCUCCGGUCAAGAAGAUACUGCUACAACAGAAGUUGCUGAUACCAAAAAGUUGGUAAAAAAACAAAAGAAAGCAGACAAAACAAAACAGAAAAACAAGAAGCAAGCAACAGUCAAUGUUGAUGAAAGAUUCAAUGUGUCAAACCUUUCUAGUGAUAAAAGUGAUCUUAAAUCUAAAGAAAGUGAAACAGAAAGUAGCGGUGAAUCAGACAAUGAAUCUGAUGAAAACAAAAAAGAACAGCAGAAGAAUGAAAAACAAUUGUUUACCAAAAAAAAAGAUGAUAAAAAAUUGGAUGCUCAAACUAAGAAAAAACUGAGAGAUCUGACUAUUGAUUAUGCUAGAGGAGAAGGAGUUCUUAUGUCAAGCAGUUCAUCGGAUGAUGAAUCUGACGAGGAAGACAAUAUUAGUAGCGAUGAUGGUAUUGAGCAUGCAUGGGGCGAGUUGGACAAAGAUGCUGAAACCACUGAAGAAAGUACUGCUCGUUUAGCUGCCUGUAACUUGGAUUGGGAUAGAAUAAGAGCCUCAGACCUAAUGGUACUUUUCAAUUCAUUUCUACCCACUGGUGCUUUUAUUCAUAGUGUAACAAUUUAUCCAUCUGAAUUUGGACUGAAGCGCAUGCAAGAAGAAGAAGUAAAAGGACCCAUAGAGCUUGUUGAAUCCAAUCAUGACAAAGAUAAUGGUGUAAGUAAUGAAAAUGAAGAAGGAUCCCACUACCAUAUGGAAAAGUUAAGACAAUAUCAAUUGAAUAGGCUGAAGUACUAUUAUGCUGUGAUUGUUUUUGAUUCAGUUGAAACUGCCAGCAAAGUUUACAGCGAGUGCGAUGGAAUUGAGUAUGAGUCCUCAGCUACUAAACUAGAUUUAAGGUUUAUUCCCAAUGAUAUGACAUUUGAUCAAGAACCUAAAGAAGUGUGCACUGUGUUACCAGAUCUAACUCAAUAUCAACCUAGACUGUUUACCAAUACUGCAUUGCAGCAAGUCAAAGUGGACUGCACUUGGGAUGAAACAAAUCCAGAACGAAAAGAAAUAAGUGCUAAACUUAAUUCUGGAAAAGUAGAUGACAUUGAUAGAAAUGAUAUAAAGGCUUACCUUGCAAGUGGAACAAGCGAUGAUGAAUCAGAAGAUGAAGUUCAAAAACAGUUGAAAAAAGUAGAUACUGAUCAAGGAAAUAAAAACACUAUAGAAAAAUACAAAUCUCUAUUGCAAUCUAUUGAAGAAGCACAGGAAGAAAAAAAGAAAAAAGAUGUUCAACUGGAAUUCACAUGGGGAGUAGGAACUAAAGAAAAAGCUGAAAAACUUGUUGAGAAAAAAAUGAAAGAAAAAGUAGAAUUAACACCAUUUGAGAAAUAUUUAGAAAAACGCAGAGAAAAGAGAAAAGCCAAACGAAAUAAGAAGAACAGUAACAAUGAGGACAAUGAUUUAUCUGAUAGUGAUGAUUCGAUUCCAUCUGAUAUAGAUAUGAAUGAUCCAUAUUUUGCAGAAGAAUUCAAAAAUAGAAAACCUCCAACUAAAAAAAAGAAGUUGUCUAAGGAUCAAGAUAUUGACUCUGCUGAAGAAGAAGAAAAGAAAAAGCAACAGGCAGAAUUGGAAUUAAUUAUGAUGGAUGAUGAAACAGAUGAUAAGCACCAUUUCAAUAUGAAAAGAAUUGAAGAAGCAGAAGCUGCAUCAAAAUCUAAAAAGAAGCGACUUAGCAAAAAGAAGAAAGAUUUACAAGCUGAGGCAGUCCAAGACAGUUUUACUGUUGAUGUUCAUGACCCUCGUUUUGCUGAUGUAUACUCAUCACAUAUGUAUAAUAUUGAUCCUACUGAUCCUCACUAUAGAAAAACAAAGGGUACUGAAGCAAUUAUCCAAGAAAAACUCAAGAAAAAAGCAUAUGAAUCUACAAAUUACACUAAUGGAGACAACAAAGGUGUAAAAGAAAAGGCUCAAAUAAGUGAAACAAAUCGCGAAGUCAAUAGUAUGAUUGAAAAAAUAAAGAGAAAUUCUCAACUUGCGAAUAAGCGCAAGUAAAAAGUUGAUUGUAUUAUUAUUGUAUAUAGUAGAAUUAUAAAAUACUCUGUAAUGUUUUAAACAAAAUAUUUUUUUUAUAAAUAAAAUUUAAUACAAUUUCAAACUAGCUAACUUUUAUCCCUGAAAAAAAAUCAUAUGUACUUAUAUUUAAUACUAAAAAAAUAAUCGGCAAAUUCAAAGUCAGCUUAAUCAA